UUACAAUUAUUACGCGCAUUAGUUACGUCCUUCUCAUUCACCAAUUGCGCUCUAUUGUUUACUGUCGUAAACCUCGUAAAUCAUAAUAAUAUAUUGUGUAUACCAACGAUUAGAUUUUUGUUUUGUUUUAUCGUUCACUCGUCACACCGUCCGAUCAUGUCGAAACUAACCAUCAUCGUCUUGUCAAUGUUGUGCUGCUCUCAUCUGACCACAGCGGCUCCGGACUUCUUCGGCGAAGAGCAGAACGUGCUGCAAGCCGAGGGGUUCGGAAACGGAGAAAUUAAAGAGUUCAAUUUGGUUACAAAAUGUUAUGACGAGGAAACUAAAUCAACCUACAAGGUAGACUCCAUUUGGUAUCCAGUUGGAAAAUGUGAAAAACGAACUUGUUCUAGACAAAAGAACUCAAAAACUCCAACAAUCAAAACUAUGGAAUGUGAACCGUGCACUUCAUGUAAAUUGCCUAAUCAAACAUGUCAACCAUUCCGUUCUGAUAAAAAUUAUCCUAAGUGUUGCUCACAGUGUUUAACAAAGUCUACUGUACUUUUAAAAACAGAACCAAAGAAAAAGUACCAAAAUAUUUAAAUAAUUUAUAAUUUUUAUUAAUUUAUGUAAUAAAACACAAAAACCUAUACAUUAAAUUCAAUCCUAUUACUUUUCAUGUAUACAAUAUAGGUACAGUAUAAUAUACACAAAUCAUGUAUUUAACAGAGAGUUGGUACAUACAUUCGAAUACAAUUUACUGUUAUUACUUAUAAGUUAUAACGUAGUUAAAAUAAGGAAAAUUUUAAUUGACAAAUUAUACUUAGAUUGUUAAUUGAUAUUUUUUUGUAAAUCAUGGCAGUUAGUGUCAAGUACAAAAAUAUUUUUGUGAAAAGAUUAUUGUAUUUUAUUAUACAUUUUUAUUGGAUAUGACACAUAAUAAUGUACCAAAAACAUAAAUAUUCAGAGGUAUCAAUAUAAACACGACAGUUUUAAGAUUA